AUGGAUGCUGGUUAUGAAAGUUUAAGAGAUAUUGCAAUAAAAAUAGUUAAAGAUCAUCAGGAUACUGAAAGUAACAAAGGUCCCAAUGAAAGAUCAAUUUUUAUUCUUGGUAGCAAAUGUUGUGGAAAAACAACACUACUAAAUCAAUUUUUGGAGAAAACUGAAGCCAUUCGUCCAACUCUGGCUUUAGAUUACUCGUUCAUGAGAAAAACAAGUCAUGCAGGGCAAAAUAUGCGAAGACAGGUAUGUCAUAUAUGGGAGCUGGGUGGUGCAUCUAGAACAUCUUCAGAAACACUAGUAAAAGUACCAUUUAUGGCCUCUUCAAAGCAAACUGUUAUUCCUACGACUAUUGUAUUAAUGUUGGAUAUGUCUAAACCAAAAAGUAUUUGGUCUGAUAUGGAAGAAACUAUUGCCUCUUUAAAAUUGGCACUUUCUAUUGAAGUAAGUAAAGGAUCGAAAGAGGUCUAUGGUUUAUAUCAGAACAGAAUUGAAAACCCACUUCCAGAAGAUCAUCCUGAUGUAGGAUCAAUCAAUCCAUUUCCGGUUCCACUGUUAGUAAUUGGUGGAAAAUAUGAUAUAUUUCAAGAUUACGAACCUGAAAUCAAGAAGAGAAUAUGCAAAACCUUACGUAGUUGCUGUCAUUUGUUAGGAGCUACUUUACUUUUCUAUUCCCAAUUCGACUCCAAUUUCAUUAAGAGGGCUAAACAAAUUUUAAACGAUGCUGCAUUUGGACGCUUAAACGAUGCUCAAGUUAAAGGUUUAAGUACGGAUUACAAUAAGCCGCUGUUUGUGGUCGCAGGAUCUGAUUCCUGGUCCAGUAUUGGCACGGAACCAUUGACAUUAUCAGCCAUAUCAGUAGCUCAUUCUCAAUGGUUUCCUAGUGAAUCUUUUAAAGCCGUGACCAUUGAGGAUCCGGCGGCAGAUCCUGCAUUUCGAGAAGACGAACUGGACGCUGCACGUUCUCAUGCGACGCAUAAAACAGUGAUAGAUUUUAGAUAA